AUGGGGUUUGGCAGGGGGAUGUGGGUACCAGAAUGGGCUUUCCUGUUAGGAGUUUGCUGUAUCCAUCAGAUAGCUUCUGCUACAGUUUCAUCUAAGGUGAACAUCAUCCAGCCAAUGCUGACAAAUCCAGUAAUAACACCUUCCAAUCCUGCUCACAAUGGCCGCGUGUGCAGCACAUGGGGCAACUUCCACUUCAAGACCUUUGAUGGAGACAUAUUCUCCUUCCCUGGGCUCUGUAAUUAUGUUUUUGCAUCCCAUUGCAACACUCCCUAUGAGGAUUUCAACAUCCAGAUUAGGCGCAUAGUGGUGGAAAACGCUCCAACAAUCAACCGUAUCAUCGUGAAACUUGAAGGUGUAGCUGCUGAACUAACAAAGAAUGUUGUCCUGAUCAACAGCAACAAAGUUCAACUGCCAUACAGUCAAUCUGGAAUUACGAUAGAGAAAAGCAGCAUUUAUGUGAAAGUUGCCAGCAAAAUGGGUGUUGUGUUAAUGUGGAAUGAAGAUGACAGUAUCCUGCUGGAAUUGAAUGAGAAAUAUGCCAAUCAGACCUGUGGACUUUGUGGGGACUUCAAUGGCUUUCCAAUUUACAAUGAGUUCUAUUCAAGCAAUAUUAAGAUGACAGCCUUGCAGUUUGGUAAUAUGCAGAAAAUGGAUGGGCCAACAGAACACUGUGAAGACUCCACUUCUACCCUGCCAGAUAAUUGCACUGAUAAUUUUGAUGACAUAUGCCAGAAAACAUUGACCAGCUCUGCAUUUGCAGAGUGUAAUGACCUAGUUGAUGUUAGAGAGUACAUUAUGGCUUGCCAAGAUGACUUGUGCCGCUCUGAAGAGUCUAAAAAUGCCUCAUGUGUCUGUGACACCUUUGCUGAAUACUCCCGGCAGUGUGCUCAUGCUGGUGGGCAUCCUCUGAACUGGAGAACCUCAAAACUGUGCCCCAAAAGGUGUCCUUACAACAUGCAGUACCAGGAGUGCAGCUCCCCCUGUGCUGACACGUGCACCAAUCCUGAACGAUCUCAGUUUUGUGAAGAACACUGUAUGGAUGGUUGUUUCUGCCCCCCAGGGACUGUAUUUGAUGACAUCAACAAUUCUGGCUGCAUUCCCCGUCAGCAGUGCUCCUGUGUUUACAAUGGCAACACCUAUGCUACAGGAACUUCUUUUUCAGAGCAGUGCCAUUCCUGUACCUGUAAUGGAGGCCAGUGGAGCUGCCAAGACACGUCAUGCCCAGGAACAUGUUCAGUAGAGGGAGGUUCACACAUUUCCACAUAUGAUAAAAAACACUACAAUCACCAUGGAGACUGCACUUACGUCCUUUCUAAGCACUGUAAAGAUGAAACGUUCACCAUCCUGGUAGAACUACGCAAAUGUGGCCUAACAGACACUGAGACAUGCUUAAAGACAGUGAUCCUCAACAUGAAUAAAGGACAAACUCUCAUUGAAGUCAAACCUGAUGGUGGUGUGUUUGUGAACUCGAUCUACACCCAACUGCCCAUCUCAGCAGCUAAUGCCACUGUGUUCAGACCUUCAUCAUUCUUCAUCAUCAUACAGACAAACUUUGGCGUCCACCUUGAAAUCCAAAUCACACCCAUCAUGCAAGUGUUUGUGCGACUGGAUCCUAUUUUCAAAGACCAGACCUGUGGUCUCUGUGGAAAUUUCAAUAAUAUCCAAACUGAUGACUUCAAGGCCAUAAAUGGAAUAAUUGAAGGAACAGCAACAGCAUUUGCUAAUACGUGGAGAACUCAGGCUUCAUGCCCUAAUAUCCAGCGCAGUUUUGAGAACCCUUGUGCACUCAGCAUUGAUAAUGAAAAAUAUGCUCAGCAUUGGUGUGGACUACUAACUGACAGCAAAGGACCUUUUGCUGAUUGUCACUAUGCAGUGAAUCCCUCUGUUUACCACAUGAACUGCAUGUUUGACACAUGUAACUGUGAAAAUAGUGAGGACUGUCUGUGUGCAGCCCUGUCUUCCUAUGUGAGAGCUUGUGCUGCAAAAGGAAUCCAGCUGCGUGGAUGGAGGACUGAUGUCUGCUCAAAAUACACCACCUCAUGUCCCAAAUCCCUAAGCUACAGCUAUACCAUCUCUUCCUGUCAACCCACUUGUCGGUCUCUGAGUGAGCCUGAUGUCACAUGCAACAUUAAGUUUGUCCCAGUUGAUGGCUGCACUUGCAUAAAUGGAACCUACAUGGAUGAGAGUGGCAAAUGUGUGCCUGCUAAUGAAUGCCCCUGCUACUACAGAGGAUCUCCCAUACUAUUUGGAGAGAUUGUCCAUGACAACGGGCUUGUAUGCACUUGCAUCCAAGGAAGACUGAAUUGCAUUGGAGCACCCAAUCCAGCUCCAGUCUGUGAAUCUCCCAUGGUCUACUUUGACUGUAGCAACAUCACUGCAGGAACAACUGGAGCAGAAUGUCAAAAAAGUUGCCAGACUCUGGAUAUGCAGUGUUAUAGCACGCAAUGUAUAUCUGGCUGCAUGUGCCCAGCUGGGCUUGUGUUAGAUGGGGAUGGUGGUUGUAUUCCUGAAGAGGAAUGUCCGUGUAUUCACAAUGAAGCCAUGUAUCAGCCUGGGGAAAAGAUCAACGUUGACUGUAACACCUGUGUAUGCAAGAAUAGGAAGUGGGAAUGCACCAAAAACCAAUGUCUGGGCACUUGUGCUGUUUAUGGAGAUGGUCAUUAUAAUACCUUUGAUGACAAAAGGUUCAGCUUCAAUGGAAACUGUGAAUACACACUACUUCAGGACCACUGUGGGAAGAGUGGCACAGCCAAUGGGACCUUCAGGGUUAUCACUGAAAAUAUUCCCUGUGGCAACACUGGGACAACUUGCUCAAAAUCUAUCAAAGUUUUCUUAGAGAGCUAUGAACUGAUACUUGGUGAGGAGCAUGUCAGUGUCGUAAAGAGAGGACAAAACAAUGAGGUACCAUACACAGUCCGCUAUAUGGGUAUGUACUUGGUAAUUGAGACCACAAACGGACUGAUCCUCAUGUGGGACAAGAAAACCAGCAUCUUCAUCAAGCUCAGCCCUGAUUUUAAGGGCCAGAUCUGUGGCCUCUGUGGAAAUUACGAUGGCAACGGCAUCAAUGACUUUACUACAAGGAGUCAGUCUGUGGUAGAGAAUGUCCUAGAGUUUGGAAACAGCUGGAAAGUAUCCUCUACAUGUCCUGAUGCUUACAGCAUAAAGGAUCCAUGUUCUACCAACCCUUAUCGAAAGUCCUGGUCAGAGAAGCAGUGUAGCAUCAUCAACAGCAACGUCUUUGCUGCCUGUCACUCUCAGGUUGAACCAGCAAAAUAUUACCAAGCAUGUGUGACAGAUGCUUGUGCAUGUGACACUGGAGGAGACUGUGAUUGCUUUUGUACAGCAGUAGCUGCCUAUGCUCAAGCAUGUAGUGAAGUUGGUGUCUGCAUAGCCUGGAGAACCCCAUCAAUUUGUCCACUGUUCUGUGAUUACUACAAUCAACAAGGGGAAUGUGAAUGGCACUAUAAGCCUUGUGGAGCCUCCUGUAUGAAGACCUGUAGGAACCCAAGUGGAAAAUGCCUCCAUAACUUGCCAGGUUUAGAAGGCUGCUACCCUAACUGCCCACCAGACAAGCCAUAUUUUCAUGAGGAUGAUAUGAAGUGCGUCAGUCUCUGUGACUGUUAUGAUAAUGAAAAUGGAAAGAUAUAUAGACGGGAUGAAUGUCAUUUAUGUGAAUGCACAUCAGAAGGUUUACAGUGCAAAUUUGAUGAUAAAGCGUGUCACUGCAUUUAUGAAGAGAAGAGAUAUAAAUAUGGUGAACUCAUCUACAACAUCACAGAUGGAGUUGGAUGGUGUUUCAAUGCAACAUGUGAUGUCAAUGGAACAAUAAACAGAAAUAUCUAUAAAUGUGACAUACCUACAGUUAUCACAUUUCCAUUUUCUACAAGUCAGCCCACAACUUCAGAAAUGACAACCACAACUCCAGUGACAACUGUAUGUGUGAAGAACAUAUGUGCAUGGUCAGAAUGGUAUGACUGCACACAGCCUGAAAACAAAGAGGACAGUGGAGAUUAUGAAACAUUUGAAAAUCUCAGAGAUAAAGGAUACAAUGUGUGUGAAAACCCAAAGGGUGUUGAAUGCAGAGCCAAAGAACACCCAGAUAUAGAAAUAAACAAUCUUAACCAAACCGUACAAUGUAAUCAAAGCAUAGGAUUAAUAUGCAAUAACAAAGACCAACAAUCUAGGCACUGCUAUAAUUAUGAAAUCAGAAUAUCAUGCUGCAGAUACAUACCAUGUUCAGAAAUACGAACUACAACACCAAGAACCACAGAAGAAUUCACAACAACUACUGCUGUAAAAUCAACACCAUUUACAUUACAGACAACCAUAAAACCAACAAAACAAAAACAAGGAACUGAAGCGCAAGAAACCACAGUUCCUACAAUGUCACCAAAAGACAGAGAAAGCACGACUCCUCUGACUGAAACUUCACCUAGAGCAAAGACAUCACUUAUCUCAACAACAGGUUACCAGACCACAUCAACUCCAGCAGAAACCUCCACUGCGGCAACCCAGGCUCCAACAUCACCCACUACUCCCUCCACCCUCCCCCAGCCAGCAACGACAACCACUGCUGGCACCACGGUUCUCCCCAGUACCACUGCCCCUCCAACACAAGGCACAACCACCAUCACACCAACAGCAACAGUGCCCACCUCAGCCAGUAGCACUGCCAGCACCUCCAGGACCACCACAGGAAGCACCACAACAUCCACAGCCACGUCUACUCCAGCAGAGACCUCCACUGCGGCAACCCAGUCGCCAACAUCACCCACUACUCCCUCCACCCUCCCCCAGCCAAAGGCACGACCAUCAUCACAACCAUUAGCAGGGCCAGCACCACCAACACCCCCCCCCCUUCAACACAAGGCACAACCACCAUCACACCAACAGCAACACUACGUCUACUUCAGCAGAGACCUCCACUGCGGCAACCCAGUCGCCAACAUCACCCACUACUCCCUCCCCCCUCCCCCAGCCAGCAACGACAACCACUGCUGGCACCACGGUUCUCCCCAGUACCACUGCCCCUCCAACAGAAGGCACGACCAUCAUCACAACCAUUAG